AUGGCUCAGAUAACCAUCGUUGGGGCCGGGAUUAUUGGUAUGGCAACUGCCUCCAUCCUCUCACGAAACCAUAAAGUCACAAUAGUUGCGAAAAACCUCCCCGGUGACGAGCCUACAAUUGAGUGGACCAGCCCAUGGGCCGGUGUCAGCUUUAUCGCUGGAGGUUGCGCUUCUGCUCACGAAGCCAAAAUGCAACUCGAUGCAUUUGCUGAGCUGUGGCGCUGGAGUAUUGCUUACCCAGACUCGAGCAUUAAACAGAUUACCAUUGACGACUUUCACGACGACAAAACAGAGGAGGAUAUUUGGUGGAAGGACUACAUGCCGGAGUUCCGCUUCCUUCCACCAGAGACCUUUCCCCAAGGCGCAAAGAUUGGAACUUCCUACAAAUCUCUCAUUCUCCGGCCUGACAUCUUCCUCCCUUGGUUCAGGAACAAGCUAGAAAAGUCGGGGGUACAUUUUAAACGGAUGGAACUCAAGUCUUUGUCAGACGCCCGUGGACUCGGUCAUGAUAUCUUGAUUAAUGCAACUGGAUUUGGGUCAGUCACGCUGCAGGAUGUUCAGGAUCAAGAUCUCGAGAUGGUCCGAGGCCAGACUGUCGUUGUGAAGAGCAGCUACAAUAAACUGUUCAUGCAUGAUACGGGCGAAACAUACACCUAUGCCAUCCCACGCUUAGACGGGACGGUAGUGUUAGGUGGCACAAGGCAAAGGGAUUCAGUCUCUCCUAACGUGGACUGGGACCUUGUCCGGGAUAUUUUCAAAAGGAUCAAUCAGCAUUUGCCGCAACACUUCUCAGCAAACCCGAUGGACAAUAAUAUAAUUGGACAUAAUGUGGGUCUUCGCCCGUCCCGAAAGUCUGGUGUCCGCAUUGAAAAGGAGCUGCGCGACGGCCAAAAGAUAGUUCAUGCAUACGGUGUUGCGGGAGGUGGUUACAUAUUCAGCUUUGGAAUUGCACGCGCAGUCAGGGAUCUCGUGGAGGAAUUCCUGUUUCCUUCCCCGGAAGCUAAGCUGUAA